GCCCGCGACCCUAGUAGUGAGGGAUAAGCAGUGUAGAAAAUGGACGGAUAUAACCGCGUAUACACUAAUCAAAACACGUAACGAAUAGAGUUGACUUGAUUUUGCCUAACAAAUGUACGAGGAAAGCACAGGUGACCAAAUCAGAAGACGUCGAACAUCUUGCUACUUUCUGGUUAAGCGCAAAAAUAGCCUUGAUGUUGCGUUCAGGGGUGCAUUACCGCAACUCGGAAGUUUCGGAAUCGAUACGUAAUAGUCAAGGUUUACAUUGCUGCUAAACGUCAUAGUUUGGACAACACAAGUCGUUUUUGGGCAAUUCAGUUGCUGCGGCAUGACACGUUCCCACCAGGAUAAACCGCUAAAUUGAAACAAGCGGCGUUGAAGUCACUCCGUGUUACCCAGUUGCACUGGCCGCCCCGCCGGCCUCCAUUUUGCCUCCAAAGACGAGCUACGUCUCACGUGUCCUGGGCUGUCUCCUCUCACAUGACCCGAGUGUUUGUUCCCGUGAUCAAGCACUUCCAUCUCCAUCCGAAAAUCCCCUCAUUUUUUUUUUUUUUUUUUUUUUUUUUUUUUUUAAAUUCAGACACUGAUGGAUAUGCUUGAACAUAGCCUGGACAACGUCAGCCAAGAUAAACAAGAAGAAGAGGCGCUGCAGGCAUCAGACGACGGAACCAGAGACGAGCAGGCGGCCGUCACCAUACAGGAGGCCGCAGCGUUUGGAGAGCACAACAUACAAUACCAGUUCCGCACUGAGGGGGGACAGGUGACAUACCGUGUGGUCCAGGUCACUGACCAGAACCUCGAGGGACGGGACGACGGCGGCGGAGCAGUGAGUGUUGUCUCCGCAGCAGCCUUCAGCGGUGCUCCUCAGGCUGUUGCUCAGGCGGUGAUCCAGAACCCUUUCAGUAAUGGCGGAAGCCCGGCAGGGGAGUUAGCGGGAGGGGAGGCGCGCUUCGCCUACUUCCCCGCAGCGGCGGUGAGUGACAGCGCCGUGUCCGUGCAGGCCACCGCCGCCGACUCUGCGCACACGCAGGCAGGAGGCCAGUUCUACGUGAUGAUGACCCCUUCGGAUGUCAUUCAGACAGGCGCCGCGCGAAGCAUCGCCCCACGUACACAGCCCUUCUCUGUAGAUGAAAACGAGACGCUGCGGCAUGAAGGUUUAAACUGGAAAAUGGACGGGCCGCGAACUCCGCGAGAUGAAAGGAGGAGAGCACAACAUAAUGAAGUUGAGAGGCGGAGGAGGGACAAAAUCAACAACUGGAUUGUGACACUCUCCAAAAUCAUCCCUGACUGCAACAUGGACAGCACCAAAACCGGAGCAAGCAAAGGAGGCAUCCUGUCCAAAGCGUGCGACUACAUCCGUGAGCUCAGGCAGGGCAACCAGCGGCUGCAGGAUAGCCUGAAGGAAGUGGAGAGGCUCCAGGUGGACAAUGAGCUCUGCAGGCAGCAGAUCCAGGAACUGAAGAACGAGAACGCCUUGCUGAGAGCACAGCUCCAGCAGCACGGGAUCGAGAUGGUGGGGGAGACGCCAACACCGCAGUAACGACUAAGGGGCCGCCGCGGCGCUUCAGGAAAACAAACAAAAAACUUGUGGAGAAUCACAUUUCACGAACUUGCCGGGAAUGCCCUCCUCGCGGCCUCACCCAGACAUCGCUUGACUAUUCCGACGAGACUCAACCGACGUGGAGGCAACAACACCCUCCUGCUAAAGUCUGCCUCACUCAAGGACGAUGAUGACAUCUAAUUUCAUUAAGUCUGCCCUCCCUCUCCCACCCCCCUACCUACCCAGAUGAUGAUCAUUAUCGUUACUUUUGACUAUUAGUUGAUGCUUUCUGACUUCUUUAUUAAUGUCAUUUUUUUAGCUGCUUUAAUUUAUUAGUCUGCUUGGUGACAGAUUGUUAGAUGGAGAGCAGUUACACGGGCGAGACCCCAAAAGAGUCAACAAUCAGUCACUUGAUAGCCUUGAUGCAGGCGUUUUUCAGGAGCGCCAUUCGAGUGUGCAAUCGUAACGCUCGACUGGGGGGGUGAGAAGGAAUACUUGAAAUGUUGUGCAUUUUGUAGAAGAAUCCCACUGUGGACGACACAGUAGGAAAAUGAGAUGUAAGCAUAAGAAAUUGGUGGAGGGGCCAGCGGCACCCACCCCCCUCCUACCAUAAGGAGACAUGCAAAACCAUCUCUCAUUUGCUCAGCCCUGCAAUAAUUGGUUGAGCACGCAGUCACUACUAAACCCGUGUGAAAAUAACAACGGCGCGGUGGGAUUUGGGUAAUAUCCACUGAUCUAUUCUCAUCACUAUGUAGGCCCCCUGAGCCAAAGCGGGAAUGAUGGAUGCUUUCUGCUGCAACAGAAUGUGAAGUCGAGGUGAAUAAUGCAAAUGCCACACAGACAUUUGCUAAUUUGCUAAUCAUCAAAAGGUUAUAUUGUGGCUGAUUAGUCCCCACCCCCUGCCCCUAAAUCUGCUUUUGAAAUUACAAAAUGAAAAAGACAAACUUUCCCCAAACCAAUUCCGCCCUCUCUGUAGCAGCCUCACUGUCUAUCAGGUUAGAUUGUAAGACAUCUUUUCUAUGUAAAAAAAGUUGAAAAUAAACAUUUACCGAGCUAUUAUCCUCAACAUGAAUUGAUUGUCACAUAGCCACACCAUUGAAAAUACAGAUUGGCCAAUUGUAGCGCGGUGCUGAACAGAGAUCUGACGCCCCUGGGGCCUCACUUAUCAAAGAGUGCGUAGGAGUCUUACUUAAAGUGUGCGUACACGCAAAAGAUGAAAAUGCCACAUGACAAAAAAAUAAUCAGACCUAUCAAUGUGCAUAAUAGGAUUUUUAUUUAUAUUUAUUUUUGUCCAGAUACGUGGUGGAACAGAACACACCACAAACAUCACACACAGUAAGACCAAAACUGUAAAUACCAGAUUUUUUUGUUAAUUAUUUUAUUAUUAUUUUUUUUUAAUCUUCAUGUGUGGAGUCUGUAACAGAUAAACAAUCAUGUAGGAUUUGAAAAAUUCUUACGUGUAUACCAGGCCUUACAAAAAUGUGCAUGUGGAUCCUGCCCUCAACACCCCAAAAUUCACCCAAAUCUGGUCAAUGAAAGCACCACACUGAUAUAAAUGAGACAUGCUGGCCAGUUUCUCCCCGUGCCUGCGUGGGUUUUCUCCGGGCACUCCGGUUUCCUCCCACAUCCCAAAAACAUGCAUGGUAGGUUGAUUGAAGACUCUAAAUUGCCCUUUAGCUGUGAACGUUGUUUGAUUAUGUGUGCCCUGCGAUUGGCUGGCGACCAGUUCGGGGUGUACCCCACCUCUCGCCCGAAGAUAGCUGGGAUAGGUCUCCAGCACGCCCGGGACGCUAGUGAGGAUAAAGCGGUACAGAAAAUGGAUGGAUGGACUCUCGCCAGUCCUUUGGGAAGGGUGAAUCAUUUCGACAAGCGAAAUCCAAAGGAAGAAACACAUUUUCUCAGAGACAGAAAUCGAACUGCUUAUCGACGAGGUAUCAACAAGUAACGGAAUAUUUUUGGUGGCCUUUGUGCUCUGCCCCCCGCUCCCCCACACUCAAAAAAAAAAAAAAAAAAAUGUCAGGAGGGAAAGAUAAAAAAGUUGUGGCCCAUCGACAGAGUAGGGGCAGGAGCACACCCUGGCUCACACAAAGAGACACAAAAUCAUCGGGAAUGUGAAUAUUGCUGGUGUAAUGUCGCAGAUUGACAAUGACAUGGGUUGACAGUCAUACAGACAAACCCAGAAACGCACUGUCCUAUCUUUCAUUGCAAAAAAAAAAUAAUACAAAAUCACCACGUGGAAAAAGCAAUGAGAAAAUACAAGAAGUAGUGUGUGACCUUCAUUUCUUGAUGAGCACUGAUGAUUAAUGUUUGAUAUUAAUUAAAAACUAGAUGUGUGAAAGGCAUGAUUAUACAGUCUGGCUUCAAUUCACCACCUCACCAACUCUCUAUUCUUGUCUCUUUAAUGUGUGUACGCAUAGGUCAGAGUUUCUGUACAGUUGCACACAUUUUCCUUCAAGUUUAUUUUGAUAGGUAAAAGAGGUGCAACGCUUAAUCGGCCACUAAUCAAUUGUCAAAUUAAUCAACUAUUUUGAUAAUCGAUUAAUCAUUUUAGACAUCGUUUAACUUGGUCCUCAGAAUUUCAGCCUCG